AUGGGCGCGGAGUCCUCUCACGUCACUUCGCAGCACCCGAACUCGGCGCACCCCAUUGUGGAAAACGUGGAAUGCUUCAGCGGAGCCACCGGGGUGAGCAAACUAAGCGGCACAUCGAGUGAGCGAGGCCCUGAAAAUCUCACCACAAGUAGUAGUAGUAGUAGUAAUAUUAGUGCUCACAGUAUUCGCAGCCGCAGUGUUGACGACGCGAGCACCUCUAGCGGUGCUCUUGGGAGUGAGCAACAACAGCAGAGAAGGCGGCUGCGCAACCGACAGUGGCAGCCACCGAAGUGGAACACGAAUGACAAACGAAAGAAACAACAACAGCAGAACGAGAUGGGCCACUUGGGGGCGCUGGAUCCAACGACUGGCACGAGUGCUAUGUCGAAGCUGCGGAACGGACACAGCAGUGUGCAGCGAGCGCCGGCGCGAUACGGCAGAGGUCUAGCUCUCGAAGUGCCACCCACAUCUUCAGAUGUGCCGGGGUGGAACGUGAGGGAGGGACUGGUACCGAAUCAACGGCAUCCGCAGCCUGCGGUGGUGACGAUGGUGGGGGAGGACGAUGGGAUGGGCGUCCACAUGGCCGGCGACGCAUAUAUGAACCAGCAGGACAUGUUGGACAUGAAUCCCGCACCAGAGGCCUACGGCUUUGACAACAACGACAUACACAUGCACGGUGCGAACGUCUCGACGGCUCCUGGCACAACGCCGAAUCCGAUGCGGGCUCCUGUGGCUAACAACAAUACUGACGUCUCCGUUGAAACCUGCAGGAAGCUAAGCAAGAGUCGUGACGGUGAUUGGAGUGUUGUAGUUCCGGGGUGCGGCGAUGCUGGCUGCGGUGGCGAUCUCUUAGUUGACGGUAAUGUUCGGGGUGUAGGUGGUGGUAAUGCUGCUGUCAGCGGCAGCAAAGGCAACAAUACGGCUAAUGGCAAGCACAAUGGUGGAAGAACCAAUAGUGUUUUGCGUUGGGAUGACAAGGAGGUAAACCUUGAGAGUAGCUGCCGCAUGCAACGUGCAAAGAUGUGGCGUUUCGCCGAUGAGCCUCUCCCACGCGAGAUGAUGGAUCGGCCAAAGGGCGAGAAGGGCAUUGACGACGGCAUGAAUGCCGAGCAGAAGCCCCAGCAGUUAGGCCACGAAGGGGCGGAGCACGAUGCGCAGCGAUUGAUGCCGUUGCAGCAUACCGGAAUGACCAACAGCAGUGCGUCGUCGUUGGUGGUCUCCUCUGGGCACCGUAGUGCGACAGGCUCGAUGAGCGUAAACCUCAACGGCGUUCGCGCGUUGACGGAUCGUGCACGCGCUGUCGUCGGCGACUCUGGGGAAUCGGCGUCGCGUAGCUCGUCGACGUGGGUGUCCGCCACCAGUCGCGGAAGUAGCCGCAGCGCGAGCCUCGGGACGCCGAGGUGGCUACGUGACAGUGGCAGCAACGGCGUAAACAACCGAAGCUGGAAGGAAGAGGGAACGUCACGAGUGGUGCCACCGCCACGAUCCGGGACCAAGUUGCAGUCCUUUCGCGAGCAGCAGCAGCAGCAGCAGAAGCAGCAGCGCUUUCCCUGCCUUCCUUCGAUGGAGCGGCAGUCGUCGUGGUUCAACAGGCGCAGCAGCAGCAGCAGCAGCCGCAACGUCAAUAGGGACCCACACGAGAUAACUGCGGAGUUCUCGGCCAGCGAGAGCAGCGCGGCAGAGUGGAGCAUGUCUGAUGCCAACGCGUUCGCGAGGGCGGGGUCGACUGUCAGCAACACCGGCAGCGUGGACGUCAGCUUGGACGACAUCCAUGACGAGCGUCGCGGGGACGACGGCGUCUCCCGCCCGAAGAAGGACUCGCGCCGCCAGCGGGUCGCAAAGGGUGAGGGCCGGCGCAGAGAGAGAAAUGGGGCGCGGCGGCACAAUGGCACUGGCAAGAACGCGAACAACAAUGGGCUGCCGUCGCCUCUUCUCGGCGGUGGACACGCACGCACACAACAUGACGAAGGCGGCGCGAGGGAGAACAGCGGGAGUAGCACCGCAAGUUUAGCGAGGUACCACAGCAGACUGUAUGGCAGUGGCCCUGGCAGUUCACUGGAGGACAGCGGGAGUGGCGCCACGCCACAGCGCUCUACGCGGUUGAAGCGGCAACCGUCAAUCGAGUUGUCAUCGUUCAUUGGCGGGCGGCGAACGCGGGAAAGCAACCCCCCACCUGGGUCCGGUGGCACACGCCACUACAAACAGCGCCAGCAUGACAAAAGGGAUGCGCCGCUGCAGCAGCACGAGGUGUUGGGUAGUUUCGCCAACUUGCGCCUUGAACACCACUCCAUGGAGGGGCCGAACACCGUGGAAGACUUCACCACUGCUGGCACCCCAUCACGUUCAUCGCUGCGGAAAGAAUUCCGGCCAUUGACGUGUGAGCAGGACCGCUUAAAGGCGCUGCUGGAGCGCUACCAAGCGGGGUUGGGUGCUGAGAGCGAGGAGGAUUAG